UGCCAGCCCAUCCUCCAUCCAGUGGGUUGAGGCACAUUCUUGGCUGGUGGGAAGAAGAAGAAGCUUUGCUAUGAAGUGAGAAAACCAGAGAGGUGACUGGAGGGGGACCUGGGGUUGAGGGACGAUGCUGGCCACCCCCAUUGGGAAGAUGGAAUAUGUUGAUGUUGACGCUGCCCAGCCGUGCUUGGGUGAACAGGAAGACAGUUGCCCAAGUUGAUCCACAGUCAUUCACCUGGCUGUUAAGGCUGACAGGAUUUCGUGGUUGUCUCCAUCCCCAAGGCUCCGUGGACGCCCUUCCCGGGAGCACAUAUCCAGUGUCCUCUGGGGAGUAGUGGAGCCAACUUCAGGACUGACUGACCAUGACUUCCAUAAAGGAGCAAGCAGCAAUUAGCCGGCUCUUGAGUUUUUUACAGGAUUGGGACAACGGCGGCAAAGUCGCAAGGAGUCACAUCCUCGACAAUUUCAUCAAGACCAACCAAGGCAAGACCUCUCCUGAACUGGAGCAGGAGUUUUCCCAGGGAGCCAGCUUGUUCCUGGUACGCUUGACCACCUGGCUUAGACUCAUCUAUAUGACUGGCUCCUGUUUAGAUAAGCUUCUACAGUCUAUUGGCAUCUUCUUGUCAGCGGUGAGCAGUAAUCAGUACCUUAGAGAAUUUCUGGAAGUUGGAGGCGUCCUAACACUCUUGGAAAUACUUGGGCUGGAGAAGAUCAGGGAGGAGGACAAGAAGGAAUCCAUCAAGCUACUUCAGGUUAUUGCAAACUAUGGCAGGAAGUACAAGGAGCUCAUCUGUGAAAGCUAUGGUGUACGAUCCAUAGCAGAAUUUUUGGCAAAGUCUAAAUCCGAAGAGACCCAGGAGGAAGUGCAGCUUCUGUUGGAUUCUUUGGUCCACGGAAACCCCAAGUACCAGAAUCAAGUCUACAAAGGUCUAAUAGCUUUGCUGUCCUGCACAUCACCAAAAGCUCAGCAGCUGUCCCUGCAGACUCUCAGGACUGCGCAGUCGAUCAUUGGAACCACCCACCCCAGCAUCGUGGAGUGCGUGCUGAAGGUGCUGCGCACAAUGCACCUGGAAGUCCAGUAUGAAGCCAUCGAGCUGAUCAAGGACCUGGUCAACUAUGACGUGUGCCAGGCGCUGCUCAAGGGCCUCGUGGAGCUGCUGAUACCGUCCGUCAAGGAGACCAGCAAACUGCAACCCAAGAUCCUCAACGACUCCUUGGUUCCCCAGCUCACCGCCCACCUGCCGGUGUUUUUGCAGCAGGCUGCGGCGGCCAAGGCCAUCGGGAUCCUGGCGCGCAGCAACACGAGCAUCGCCGAGGAGAUGCUGCACCUGCGCGUGGUGCACAGCCUAUUGGCCGCCAUGGGCAACUCGGACCACAGCAACAGCCAGCGGCAGGCCAGCCUCACGCUGGAGUCACCCCGCCGCCCCCCGCGGCCGCAGUACUUCGUGCAGGUGUUCCCGGUGGUGGAGGAGCACGUGCGCAGGUCCAUGGGAGAGGAGCUCUACAAGCUCUUCCUCAGCAAUGCCGAGGACUUGUACGUGAAAAUAGAUAGCAUUCAGGCGGACAUCUUGGCGGCCAAUAAAGUCAAUGUUUCCAAAGGAUCAGCUGGCUUACAUCACAUACUUCCAGAAGGAGGAUGUGGAGGGAGAGGAGUAACAGAGCCUCUGAGGCAAUCCAGGAAGGCCCGGGCUGUGUUUCAGGAAGCCUGGCAGAAGGAUCCUGGGGUCACGCUCAUGGUGACUCCACUGGCCCAGGUGGGAGGCUGAGGGUUGGGCCUGCCAGGAGAGGAGAGGGAGAGCUGCUGGCUGGCAAGAAUUCAAUAAAUAAUCUUGCUAUAUGUCUGUUCUCUGUGUAGCGGGGCGGGGGAAUUAAAUGAGAGCUUUGUUGAUGGGCUGGGGUUCCUCUGCUCAUCCAGGAAAAAAGCUGGUCUGGAGGGAAGGAACAUCGAUAUCCUGGAAGAUUUAAGAGUGUAGCCUGAGGAGAGAACUUCACCUCUGCUCCCUACUGGCCCCUGCACGCUCUCCUCCAGGAGACCACACUCAUCUGCUUUUUUUCCUACCUCUGGUUGCUUCCUCUCAUUCUCUUUUGCUGAUUAAUCCUCUCAACCCAGCUUCUUUCAAGUUAGAGUAACCUGGAGCCUCUUCUCUACUUUUUCACCCUGGUGAUCUCAUCCAGUCUCAGAACUUUAAAUGCCAUUUAUACACCAUUGACUCCCACAUUUCUAUUUCCAGUUAAAUAUUUCCACCUCCUUAUGUCCAAAACUGGACUUCUGAUCUGUGCCACCUUCCCCAGCACAACUGAUGGCAACUCAUCGUUUCUGCCACUCAGAACAAAAUAGUGUUCUCUUGGGCGCCUGGGUGGCUCAGUUGGUUAAGCGACUGCCUUCGGCUCAGGUCAUGGUCCUGGAGU